ACAGGCCUCAAAAUCCAUCAGACCAAAAUGGGGUGCCUAAAGGGAGGACGAGUAAAGCAACGCACAGAGGCAGUGGCAUGCACAAGUGAAGUGCGCGUCAUAGACCCUGGUCAGACGGAGGAGGAGCCAGGCCCGGAGUUACCCCACAGUGCCCGGAACCUCCGAGCUGCAUUAGUCCCCCUACAGAUAGGAAAACCAGAACAUCAUCGGGUGAAGUGGCCUGCUGCGAACAACAAGGAGUGGCAUCAGUUUGACGAGGACGUGGAUAAGAUUAUGGAGAUUACAUCGACGGGCAAUGCAGAUCAAAAACUCCGGGCAAUGUGCACCAUCAUAAUGAGCAUUGGCGCGGAGAGGUUUGGGGUGAAAGAAAAAACGAGUAGCAAACCAGCAAGACCCAACAGGCGGGAGCACAAGAUCAGUCAGCUGAGGCAAGAACUAAAAACCCUGAAGCGCAAGUUCAGAACAGCAAAGGUUGAGGAAAAGAGUGCCUUGUCUGAGCUCAGGGUGUUUUUACGAAGAAAGCUCAUCACACUCAGACGGGCAGAACAGCACAGAAGGAAGGGAAAGGAGAGGGCCAAGAAGCGCAAGGCAUUCAUCUCAAACCCAUUCGGCUUCACCAAGCGAUUACUGGGACAGAAGAAGAGCGGCAACUUGUCGUGUCCUGUAGAGGAGAUUAACCAAUACCUCAACGUCGUCUUUAGCGAUCCAUCAAGGGAUCAAGAUCUUGGCCCAUGUAAGGCACUGAUAAAACCACCGGAGCCUGUGGUCCAGUUCAACACCUCUGAGCCCACCUUGAAAGAAGUCAAAGAAGCAGUGUUGGCAGCAAGAUCAAGCUCCUCCCCAGGUCCCAGUGGAGUCCCAUACAGAGUCUACAAGCAGUGCCCCAAGCUCCUGGUGCGACUAUGGAGGCUCAUCAAGGUGAUCUGGAGAAGGGGUCGGGUUGCUGACCAGUGGAGGUCUGCAGAGGGAGUUUGGAUUCCAAAAGAAGAAGAGGCCAGUAACAUUGACCAGUUUCGGAUCAUCUCACUGCUGUGUGUUGAGGGGAAGGUUUUCUUCAAAAUAAUGUCUCAACGGCUAAUGGAAUUCCUCCUGAAGAAUGGCUACAUCGACACCUCAGUACAGAAGGGGGGUGUCCCAGGUGUACCAGGAUGCCUAGAACACACCGGGGUGGUAUCCCAGCUGAUCCGGGAGGCAAGGGAAAGCAGAGGAGAUUUGGCAACACUCUGGCUGGACCUAACAAAUGCCUAUGGAUCCAUCCCCCACAAGCUUGUCGAAACGGCACUGAAAAGACAUCAUGUGCCAGAGACCAUCACCAGCCUCCUCAUGGACUAUUAUAAUAACUUCCAACUGAGGGUAACAUCGGGAGCAUCAACUUCUGCCUGGCAACGCCUGGAGAAGGGCAUUAUAACAGGCUGUACCAUCUCAGUGCCACUCUUUUCCCUAGCUAUGAACAUGAUUGUUAAAUCAGCUGAGGUGGAAUGUAGAGGCCCUAUGUCAAGAUCGGGCACUCGCCAGCCCCCCAUAAGAGCAUUUAUGGACGACCUCACAGUGACUGCAACCUCAGUUCCUGGCUGCAGAUGGCUGCUGCAGGGGUUAGAAAGACUCAUCUCUUGGGCUAGGAUGAGCUUUAAGCCUGCAAAAUCCAGGUCGUUGGUCCUGAAGAAAGGCAGAGUAGCUGACAACUUCCGCUUCACCAUCGGAGGGACACCAAUUCCAACUGUGACAGAGAAUCCUGUUAAGAGCCUGGGCAAGGUCUUCAACAGCUCCUUAAGAGACACAAUCGCACUGCAGCAAACCAGGGAGGACUUGACAACAUGGCUUGUAGCAAUAGACAAGUCAGGACUUCCAGGAAAGUUUAAAACCUGGAUGUACCAACACGGAGUCCUGCCGAGGCUCCUUUGGCCUCUACUCAUCUACGAGGUUCCCAUGUCAACCGUGGAGACACUGGAACGAACCAUCAGCCAGUUCCUCCGAAGAUGGCUUGGGCUUCCGCGAUCUCUCAGCAGCAUUGCCCUGUAUGGCCAUUCCACCAUGCUGCAGCUUCCAAUCAGUGGCCUGUCAGAGGAGUUUAAGGUCACAAGAGCCAGAGAGCUGAUGAUGUACCGGGACUCCUCCGACAAAAAAGUUUCUUCAGCAGGAAUCAGGGUGAAAACUGGCAGGAAAUGGAAGGCACAGGAAGCCGUCAACAGAGCCGAGGCACGACUGCAGCAUAGCGUCUUGGUUGGCAACAUUGCUGUGGGCCGAGCAGGAUUAGGCAGAUUUGUCAAACCCAGCUACAACAAAGCUAGAGGAAGAGAGAGAAGGCAAAUGGUGCAAGACGAGAUCAGAGCAGAGGUGGAGGAAGAGCGCCGGAUCAAGAUGGUGGCAAUGUACCAGCAAGGUGCCUGGACAAAAUGGGAGCACGUUGAAGAACGUAGAAUCACCUGGUCAGAACUCUGGAGAUGCGAACCACAGCACAUCAAGUUCCUCAUCCAGUCAGUAUAUGACGUUCUCCCAAGCCCAACCAAUCUGCAGCGAUGGGGCUUAUCAGACACCGCGUUAUGCCAACUGUGCCAGAAGAGAGGCACCCUGGAACACAUCCUUAGCUCUUGCUCAAAGGCUUUGGUGGAAGGACGGUACCGCUGGCGUCAUGACCAGGUCCUCAGGGCUCUGGCAGACACAGUCAGCGCAGCAAUCACCAACUGUAAAUACCAGCACACCUCCAAGCAGUUCAUCACCUUCGUCAGAGCAGGAGAGAAGACAUGGCAGCAGCCAAGUCCCACAGGAGGGCUUCUCACCACGGCACGGGACUGGAAACUCCAAGUCGACCUGGGAAGACAACUCAAGUUUCCAGAGCACAUCGCGACCACUGCCUUGCGCCCAGACAUGGUAUUAACAUCACAGUCUUCAAAGCAAGUAGUUCUGAUUGAGCUCACUGUCCCCUGGGAAGACAGGAUGGAGGAGGCCAAUGAACGUAAGAGAGCCAAGUACGCUGAGCUAGUGGCUGAAUGUCGCAGCAAUGGCUGGAAAGCUCGCUGCGAACCAGUUGAAGUGGGGAGCCGGGGUUUUGCUGGUCAGUCCCUACCACGCACCCUCAAGCUCCUUGGGGUGAAAGGGCAGCUGUGCAGAAGAGCAAUAAAAAACAUCAUUGAGGCUGCAGAGAAAGCCUCAAGAUGGCUUUGGAUUCGGAGGGGGGAUCCAUGGAGUAGUGGGCCACUUGGACACAAGUCAAGGGCUGAUCACCCCUGGCUGGGUCGCCCGAGCGAGGGUGUUUGAUGAUCAAAGACCCGAAACACCCCAUGACCUCGGGUUCAUCACUGAUGAUGUGUCCAAGUAGCACCUAGUGGUGUAUUUAGAACUAAGAGUGAGGACAAAAAAGCAACUUAAACUCAAACUUUGACCCUUCCACAAGACACACUUUGCUUUAAUGGGUUCGAAUUUUAAAAUGCGUUUUUUGGUCAUAUAGUUUAGGAUUAGGAAAUAGAGUAGCUGCCUCUAAGUUUAGUAUUGGCAGUUCAAAUUUCAGCUAUUCAGGUAAUUUUUUGCAGUGUCCUUGGGCAAGUCACAUAUCCCUUGAUUGCGUUAC